UGACAUAUCACAUGAUUAUAAACACAUGAUCACAUGACAGAGAAUCAGUUCCACUUCAAAAUGGCUAUAGGGUGUAAUAGGUUUCAGAAAUAUCUUGCUAUUGUAGUAUUUGUUUUGGCGUGUGUUUUCUGCGCUCCGUGUGCCGCUCACUACAGAAGAUCCCACAGAUAUGAAGCUCUGCUGCAGGUGAAGUCUGGAGUGCAGGAGCAGUGGUUCACACAGAGACUGGACCACUUCAGCGGCGCCGACACUCGAGUCUGGAAACAGAGAUACUUUGUAAAUGACAGUUUCUAUAGACCCGGUGGUCCGGUCUUCCUGAUGAUUGGGGGUGAAGGUCCGGCUAAUCCCGCCUGGAUGCAGUACGGAACCUGGCUGCUUUACGCACAGAAGCUGGGCGCCUUGUGUUUAUUACUGGAGCACCGCUUCUACGGGAAGAGUCACCCGACCGAGGACCUGAGCACUGCGAAUCUGCGUUUCCUCAGCAGUCGUCAGGCACUGGCCGAUCUCGCUCACUUCCGCACGGUUACGGCAGCAACACGAGGCCUGACCAACAGCAAGUGGGUUGCAUUUGGGGGCUCCUACCCAGGAUCCCUUGCUGCCUGGUUCCGUCUGAAGUACCCACACCUGGUCCACGCCUCUGUAGCGACCAGCGCACCCGUACACGCCACUGUCAACUUCCCAGAAUAUUUAGAGGUGGUGUGGCGAUCGCUGGCGGCAGAGAACCCAGAGUGCCCCCUAUUGGUGAAGAAAGCAUCGGACACAUUGGUAGAUCGACUCAAUGACCCGAAAACUUAUGACAACAUCACAAAGGACUUCGGGUUGUGCUCGAAGCUCCAGAUCCAGUCCAAGAUGGAUUCUGCGUAUCUUUUGGAGUCUUUGGCUGGGAAUUUCAUGGAUGUAGUGCAAUACAACGAGGACAACCGGGCCUUUGAGGGCGCUGUGGGCACGAACAUCACCAUAAAGGUGUUGUGCAGCGUGAUGCUGGACUCUUCGUUAGGCGAGCCGUACAAUCGAUACGCCGCUGUGGCUCGUCUGAUGCAGAAAACCUUUUCUCAGCCAUGCAUAAACGCCCAAUACAAAAGCUACAUCCAGGACAUGAGCAACACCAGCUGGAGCGGCCCUGAGGCCGGAGGAGGCCGGCAGUGGGUGUAUCAGACCUGCACUGAAUUUGGAUUUUAUCAGAGCACAGAUUCACCGAACCAGCCCUUCAAUGGAUUUCCCUUACCGUAUCACCUGCAGCAGUGCGCCGACAUAUAUAAUCUGAGCACCUUAUUGGACGAUGCUAUUCAGCAGACCAAUGAAGAAUACGGAGGAUAUGACAUCAGAACCACUCGCAUCGUCUUCCCCAACGGUUCGAUUGACCCCUGGCAUGCUCUCGGAGUGACCCAGGACAUCACAAGUGACCUUCCGGCUGUCUUCAUCAAAGGAACGGCUCAUUGUGCAAACAUGUACCCCGCCCGAGCGGAAGACCUUCCUCAGCUGGGUCUGGCACGGGACCACAUCUUCAUCCUGCUCCAAAAGUGGCUGGCCGAGUGACAGUAGCCAAUCAGAUGCGGAGUUGUGUGUAAUGGCCAAUCAGGUGGUUCUGCUGUUUAAUGGUACUAAGGAAUGUCUUGCUUUGCACUGUUUUUAUAACAAUCUUGAAUUCAAAAUCAGUUUUGUAUGUGAUGAUGUUCAUGAAAGUAUGAAUGAAUGUCAUUUUUUUCUUGAUGUAAAUAUAUUUUGCAGCAGAAUUUUCUCAAUAAAGGAAAUUUUAUGAUGUCGAAAA